CGAAAAUUUUUAAAAUAAUUUUUAUCAUCGAAAAUUAAUCAACAAUAAGCUUCAAUCAUCAAGUUUUAAGCAACAAGGUUCAACCAUCAACGUUCAAUCAAAAAUUGGACAUCGAGAAAAAGGUUUCAUCAUCAAGAUUUCAUCUUGAAAAUUUCAUCGUGAACAACGGUUCAUCAUCAACAAUUCAUCAAGCAAUCAUUGAUUGUAUUUAUUCAGCAACAAUGCAGACGAGUGAUCAAAAUUGUGAUCAACUGAUCAAGCGUAUUGAAGAUAUGAAUGCGAAACUUCAAGACGACUUUAUUCGUGGCUUACCGCUUGGACUAUGUCACAACGAGUAUCUCACAUGGAUGGAACUCAGCGAUCUCAUUAACGCAUGUCCGCCAGUUCUUGCUUUCAAGUAUAACAAUUUGCUGGAUUUCUUGAAGGAUCGUCCACAUCACAUCAAAAUAGAUUUGCUGAAAUUAUUUCAAAUUUGGUCAGACUGUUAUGGUCAAAAAGAUACUGGCUUGAAAGUUCGCGAUAAUCUUGACAAUAUGCCAUUUCUGAAGCUCGAGAUGGAUAAAUUUUUGGAGUUUAGACAAAAGUCUGACAGUUUAUGCCCAAGUCAGGAUCAAGUCAAUUGCGGUGAUCAACAAAAUGGAAAGGCUCUAAAGGAUAAGAAAAAGUGCAAUAUCUUUAACAGAUCAGCAAAGAAACUUCGUUCAUGUACAAGAACGUUUAUUCUCAAUCUUGAUCAUCUUAUCUUUUUUGUGGACAUGAUUGGGUCCAUGCCUGGUGAGCGAACUUUUCACUUUUUCUCGCUGUGUUUAAGGAUGUUCCAUUAAUUAAAGGGUUUAUUUUGUGUUAAUGUAAUGAGAGGGGUUUGAAUUUUUCAAUUUGUAAGGGUAUUUUUUUGUAAAUGGA